AUGGUCCUCGAAACAGCACCUCAUAAUUGGUACAAGGAUGAGUUUCUAGUCUCAACCGAACCGCUGCUCGUUCAAGUUGAUGCAGUCAACGAAGCUCUGAGCUCGGAUCUGAUGUGGUGGGCACAGGGGCUGCCACGGGACAUAAUAAAAAAAGCACUCCAUAAUUCUUUGUGUCUUGGACUAUACGUGCUUCCUAAAUCCACCUCGGAGAUGGCUGGCCAAAGCAGUCCCAAACAGAUUGGGCUUGUGAGAGUGGUGACCGACGAUGUCACAUUCGCAUAUCUCACUGAUGUAUACAUCUUGCCCGAAUACCAGGGGAAAGGCCUCGGUCGUUGGAUGAUGGAGUGUCUCAACGAAAUCAUCCAAGGCUGGACUCAUCUACGGCGAUUUAUGUUCUUGACUAGCGAUAGGAUGGAUCUAUAUCGCAAAUAUCUUGGCGCUAAGGACUGGAGCGAGUGUGACACGAAAGGCAUUUCCAUCGGGUUGAUUGAGGGACCUGCAGCUCAGCAUCCAAAACAUGCCUAG